UAGUCUGUACUAGACUGUCAACAAGAUGCUUCGGUUGUGUUUGCUUAUUCUGCUAGGCUGUGUGAACAAUUUCAUUGCAUCGCCUUUGCAUUCUGACGUAACUCAAACCUUUUUGGAACAUGAAGUCGUGCCCGAUGUGUUAUCUGUGGCGCCUGCUGAAUAUUUGACCGUAAAAUUCCCGAGUGGUGCAGAAGUGAAUGGGGGCAACGUGCUGACUCCUACCCUGGUGAAGGACCUCCCCUCACUCUCAUGGAAUGCAAACCCUGACGUCUUCUAUACUGUUAUGAACACUGACCCCGACGCUCCUUCUCGUGCAGAGCCAGUAUGGCGGGAGUUUGCCCACUGGCUGGUGGGCAACGUGCCAGGAGAUGACAUCGCGUCUGGAGACCAGCUCAUGCAGUACUUCGGAGCUGGACCAUCACUCGGCAGCGGCCUGCAUCGCUAUGUGUUCCUAGUCUACGAACAACCAGCUAAACUGGAUUUUGAUGAGCCUAGGAUUAAUUUAACAACAGCAAACCGUGAUUACUUCUCGAUCGCCAACUUCGCGAAGAAGUACAACUUGGGAGAUCCCAUCGCGGGCAACUUUUACCAAGCUGAGUACGACGACUACGUGCCGAUUUUGUACGAACAACUCGGCAUUUAAAUGAAUAAGAUUAGAAUAUGUAUGUACAUAUAUAUGAAAGACCGAUGCUGCUUGAAAACUGAAGAAUGAUGCUUAUCACCUCAUUUUAAUAUCAACUAGCUACUUACAAAGUUACAAUACAAACUAGCUACUUCUUCUAACUUGCUCGAUUCUUAUUGAUGUAACGUGACUGCGUGAUGUAUUCGGACCAGUACCUAGUUCCGGAGAUUAUUGCGCUCAAACAAACAAAUUCUUCAGCUUUAUAAAUUAAUUUAAUAUCUACAUAUAAGAUAAGGUCCGAAGGUACGGCACGUCGCGUUCCGCGCGCGUCUUAAGGAGCCAUCAGACCACCACAGAUCCCCAAUGCUGACGCCGAUACG